AUGGUCACACGAAAACAAGUCCCCGAGAAUGCCUCCGCCGACACAAGUCAUCCAGGUGUGCGACCGCAACUGUGGUCAGCCGCUGACUCUGAACCAGAUGCAGAAGGAAUAUGGGGAGACCAAGACUCCGUCUCUGCCUCGGCGAGUCACCAUGCCACAGGCGAGGCGGGGGGCUCCGGCGCGUUACAACAUGUGCCAGACGCCUUGCGACCUGGCGUGGGCUCCAAGAGCAUCAGCUACGUUGAAGACGAGGAGAACCCCUGGGGCGACGGCCCCAACACGCAAUCCAAUCUACCAGCCGUGAAUAAGCAGGAGGUCAAGCUCGACGAGGUCCCGAUUGCAUUGCGACCAGCUGCGAACCAUCCUGAGACGAACCCUUUCAAGCGAAAGCCACUACAAACCACUCCAUCCGUACAAGACGCGACACAUCCACCUGCGACGGCAUCCGAACCUCCACCGCAUCCACCGACACACGCAUUCUCGCAAUUACAAGUGCAUGAGCCUGAACAGAGUACUAAUCCCUGGCAGCCUGCGCUUGACGACAAGAGGCCACCCGCCACUAUAUACCAAGCUCCUCCACUUUCCCAUCAAGAUACUGGAAGCAACGUCUGGGACUCGGGGGCUCCCUCGAGACAACCCUCCACGGGUCCGGCCUCGGAUUCGCCUGCCAUGCCUCCUUUACAAAGCGCAGAAGACUCACAGCCAUGGGAUGAUACACCUUCACAGCCUUCGCUGCCGGCAUUGCCUCAGCCAACUAUCGAGUCGGAUGCGUUCAUGGAUGAUCAACAUGCUUGGGAUGACCUAGGAUCUGGGAACAAGGGCAAGCAACCAAUCUCACACCCACAGCUGCAACGCCCAGCUGGCGAUGGCUGGAACCUGAUCGACCAUGAACCUAUGCCGGAACCGGCGCCGGACACGCUGUCAAGACAGAGUACAUGGGAGAAUUUCGAGGAUGCUGAAGAGAACAAGGCAGAAGAGGCUACCGAUGCCGGGCCAGCAGAAGAACCACCGGCUCUACCGCCUCGGAACUCAGUCGACGUACCUCCACCGCAACCGCCAAGACACCACUCCCCCAGUACUGCGAAUAAGUCGGAAACGUACCAGAUAAAAAACAUCAACUGGGUUGAUUCGACCGUGGCUAAAAACCCUCGGAAAUCGCCCAUUCUCGUCCAGAACGCAAACGGUCCUUGUCCGCUGCUUGCGCUGGUCAACGCUUUGACAUUGAGCACCCCUGCUGACCACACGACAUCAAAUCUGGUAGAGGCACUCAGGUCCCGUGAGCAGAUCAGUCUCGAAUUCCUCCUUGAAGCAGUUGUUGAUGAAUUGAUGUCAUCUCGUCACUUGGAUUUAGACGUAUCCUUGCCAGACAUGUCUGAACUCUAUGCGUUCUUGAAAGGCUUACAUACUGGCAUGAAUGUCAAUCCCCGCUUCGUUCCUACUUCCGAAGUUGCCACAGCUCAUAAACGAUCGUCGCUCACACAUGUCCAUCCAUCCGAGCGUGGGGACGCUGUCCCCGGCACCUUCGAAAACACAAGGGACAUGGAGCUAUAUGCCACUUUCUCUGUCCCUUUGAUUCACGGCUGGCUGCCAUGGAGAGAGGAUCCAGUGUACGAUGCGCUGAGCAGACAGGCAUCUUCGUAUGACGACGCACAGAGCUUGUUGUUCCGGGAGGAUGAACUCGAGGACAAACUCAGUAAUUCGGACACGGGGCUUACAGAGCAAGAGCAGCAGCUCUACCAAGAUGUUAUUACGAUCAAAUUAUUCCUCUCUACCUCUGCCACUCAGCUGACUCCAUGGGGUCUCGAGGUUAUCACCAGAUCGGUCAAGCCAGGCUCGGUAUCGAUACUCUUUCGAAACGAUCACUUUUCUACCCUGUACCGACACCCUCAGACGCAUCAGCUAUUUACACUCGUCACAGACGCUGGCUACUUUACGCAUGAUGAAGUUGUGUGGGAAUCACUCGUCGACGUUAGGGGCGAACGAGCCGAGUUUUUCUCUGGAGAUUUUCGUGUUGUUAGUGGUCCUCAAAAUCACAAGCGAUCAAACAGUGUGCCCGAUGCCUGGUAUGACGAGGCUGAAUCUAGCAACAAUGCCAGUAAUUGCGGUUGGCAGACAGUGCAGAGUCGACGAUCACGGAAUAGCCACCAAAUCGAAGCACAUCCCGGUACACCUAUUUCGCCGGGGCAUGAGCAAGAGGAUCGGGACCUGGCGCUAGCGUUGCAUCUCCAAGAGCAGGAAGAUGAACGUCAACGUGCAGAGCAAGUCGCUCGGCGCCGAGAAAGUCAAUUGUCGGAGCAGUACAUCGAACAGCAAGGACGGCAAGGCAACCGCACUGGUCCACGAAAUCGUGGCGGCUCUAUCAGCAGAGGUGGUGCAAGCCCUAGCAUUCCGGCCAGAGGGGCCAGCCAGUUGGGAGGUGGGAGGCCGCCGGCGCAACAAGUUCGGUCGCUGAUCCCACCUGUCUCGACAACCCAUCGCCCAGCCGAUGAGGCCACGGAGGAAGCGCCACCGAGCUAUGAACAGGCUUCCAAGGCAACCCCAUAUGUACCACCUACCGGCCACCCCAGCCACCCUUCGAGCAGCCCCAGCAGUGCGACGCCUAGGAGAUUAUCGUCGUUUGUCGGGCCAAGCAAUGCAGGACCGAGUACUCCGAUUCGAGGUCGGCCGGGCGCGCCUCCUCCUGUUGCAGGUAGCAACGGUGGGGCUCAAGCAAGCGGUGGGAAGGAUAAGGAUUGCAUCGUAAUGUGA